AUGCAGCUACGCGAAAACGCUGCAGGCAGCGGACUACUCACAGAUAAUGCAUGUAUGGAGAUCCAUCGACCGGUCCCGGGUACCGCAGGGCGAGCAUCGCCAACGUUUCACAUCCUCGUGCCGCUAACCGAUCCACGGUACGCUGACGCAGAUCCGGGCGGCUCGAAGCAAAUGCGGCUGCCUCUGGUGGUCGACGAGGCGACCGCGUUGCCGACACCACCGCCAAAGUCCGCGAUAACCUCGCCAGCGACCCCACAUUCGCUGCAACAAGAGACCUCUGAUGUCGUCGACGCCCGUUACCAAAGCGGCCCGCUGCGUCGUUCCCUGAGAUUGUCACCGUCGGGCAGCCUCCACGGCGAUGAGCUCCUCGACAAGAUCCUGCGGCACGCGGAAUGGCUGCAGGCCUUGGGCGCCGGCGCAGUUGGCCUGGUGCUCCUGUCUCGGUGGUUUCCACAAGUUGCGAUCAAAGUAUCUCUCUACGAAACCGGAUUUCGAACCGCACUCUUCAUGCAUCCCACGCGAAGCGAGCCGGCUAUGAUGCGUCUACUAAUGAGGACGCUCCUGGUAGGACGGGCAACGCCGCAUCUUCCGGUUCUUUUCGGGGAGCGCCACGAUGUGCCGUUGUCCACGCUGCGCAUCCCCGAGGCCUUCUGGCGAAGCAGUACCGCCGCAACCGAGCUUCGUCAGUGGAUAGAGCGGCGUCAGAACUGCGAUCCUGAGCGCUGCAGUAUUCUCUGCAUGGAGCGUUUCACCGGUGGAACGCUCUUUCACGCCCUCUGUCGGGGUACUGCACCGGGAAUCGACAUUUCGGCCGUGCGUGAGCUCACUUUUCAGAUUGUGUUCACGCUUGCCGUGCUUCUGCGCUUCCAUCCGAACUGGAAGCAUAACGACCUCUCGCUUGCCAACGUUAUGCUUCGACGGCGUGGUUCGCUCACGACUGCGUGCCUUGGCACGUGUCAGGUCUUGGUUGGUCUCGCUGGCGCCGGUGCACGGACACCAGCAUCGACGCUGCAGCUGGUGCGUCCAUCGAGCGCCCCAGAGGCUGGCCCUGUGCGUUACCGCCGAUACGCGUUUGAAGGUCACACUUGGUAUCUUGGGUUGCGCCCCGAACAACCAUACGAGGCCGUGAUCGCCGAUUUUGAUUUUGCCUGCAUCGAGCCGCUCAUCAGCAACGCCAAAGUAGACUUUUUCGAGCGUCAAUCCCGUUACCACUGUUAUCGGAUCAACAGUGAACGAGACUGGUAUGGCGACAUCCAAAUGCUGUUAAGCAAUCUCCGUGAAGUCGUCCAGCACUUGAUUCGGCGCCGCUGGGAGACGCAGCGGCCAUCAGGGACCUCGGCGCUGUCGACCUCGGUGGAGCGAGGCGCUCAGGACAUGCUCUUGCCCGAGGAGCGUGAUGCCAUGGAGUUUUUCGAGCGUUGCGUUCAUCCCAGCUGCCGCGAUACAGCAGAUCGCUCACUCCGCGGUCGCCUACCGCCGAAUACUGUAGAUCUCGACGAGCGCUACAACCCGAUCCAUAUGCUGCUUUUCGAUCCGUAUUUUGAUCCAUUCUUACGAACGCCAGAAUGGGGUUCGGGAGCGAUGCUCGAAGCAUCUUACGCUUGGCCAAUCGAGUGUGCAGCGAGUAUCGAUGCCAAUGGGGCAAGCCACGUCGAGGGUGCCGGUCUGAGGACUCAUGCCUCACUUUGGAGCGCAUCCUCACCGAUUCGUUGUGACUGGGAGCACAUCCAUGGCUCCUGGGCAGCCGACGGUGCCUAG